GGAGCGGGCAUUAUCGGCCAGUUCGUCGUGGUGGCAGGUACAUUUACGUAGUCGUCGGUCUCCUCGGACUCACGUCGUCCUCAUCGGCGUCCGAAUAAUGCGGUCCCUCUGCGCGUUCGUCGUUCUCCUAGCCCUCUCCGCGGCUACGGCGGAGGUGUAUCUGGACGAGAAGUUCAGCGAUGAUUCAUGGGAAAAGAAUUGGAUCUAUUCCGAGCAUCCCGGCAAGGAGUUCGGAAAGUUCGUUUUAAGCUACGGAAAGUUCUGGAACGAUCAAGAAAAUGAUAAAGGUAUCCAGACGUCGCAAGACGCGAGGUUUUACGCUCUCAGUAGGAAAUUUACUCCGUUUAGCAACAAGGACAAGACCCUUGUUGUUCAGUUUACCGUGAAACACGAACAGAACAUCGACUGCGGAGGCGGAUAUGUUAAAGUGUUCGACUGUUCUCUCGACCAGAAGGAUAUGCAUGGCGAGAGCCCGUACGAAAUCAUGUUUGGACCGGAUAUUUGUGGACCUGGAACUAAGAAGGUCCACGUUAUCUUCAGUUACAAAGGGCAGAACCUUUUAAUCAACAAAGAUAUUCGUUGCAAAGACGACAUUUACACGCAUUUGUACACUCUAAUUGUCAAACCCGAUAACACCUAUCAGGUGCUUAUUGACAACGAGGAAGUCGAAUCCGGCGAGUUGGAGGCAGAUUGGAGCUUCCUACCUCCGAAAAAGGUUAAGGAUCCAUCUCAGAGCAAGCCUGCCGAUUGGGAUGACAAACCCAGUAUCGAUGAUCCCAAUGAUAAGAAGCCUGAGGAUUGGGACAAGCCCGAGCAUAUUCCCGACCCCGAAGCGGUGAAACCUGAGGAUUGGGACGACGAGAUGGACGGAGAAUGGGAAGCGCCCAUGAUCGAUAAUCCUGAUUACAAGGGUGAAUGGAAACCGAAACAAAUCGAGAAUCCCAACUACAAGGGACCCUGGAUCCAUCCCGAGAUCGAUAACCCCGAAUACACACCCGAUCCUGAGUUGUACAAGCGUGACGAGAUCUGCGCUAUCGGUUUUGACCUGUGGCAAGUUAAGUCCGGUACCAUUUUCGAUAACGUUUUGAUCACCGACGAUCCGGAGGUCGCACGCAAAUUCGGAGAGGAAGUCUGGAAACCUACUUUCGAAGGUGAAAAGAAGAUGAAGGAAGCGCAGGAUGAGGAGGAGAGGAAGCGAAGAGAUUUGGAGGCCAAGGAAAAUGCAGAUAAUAAGGACGAUGAGGACGAUGAAGAAGUAGACGAAGAGGAGAACAGCAUUCACCCAGAUACCGAUGAUCAUGACGAAUUGUAAAUAAGUGUGUCGCGUGUGGACACAAACACAGACUGUAUUCCAGGAGCUACGUGGUCGCGACACGCACUAAUUCCUCCCACAGGCACAAAAUUUUAAUCUGAAGACACACAAUAGCAAGAGUGCAGGAUAAUACGAUUACGUCGCCCGUCGCAUUGUCCACGAGAGCAUCACAUUGAAUUCUGUUUUAAGCUUCUGAAGCAAGUCUCGCCCGAUUUUCUCAACGUUUCGCUAGUGUUUUUGGGCUUCGAUCGCAGCGCCUAAAACAUUCUUAGCCCAAGAAACUUUCUAUUCGAGUGAGUCUAUUAUCCUGAAAUAUUACACGCUUAAAUCAAGUGAUCGAUAUUUCUGCGAAGUGUGUGCUGGAAUACGGAAGAACAAAUAUUAGAAAUUAGAAAGAAAAAAAAAGAAGUGUAGAGAAGAAAGAAACGAGAAGAGAGUCGUAUAAGCCCGUGUCCACCAUCGGCGCAGCUCCACAAAAGACUCUAAGUUGUUCCGUUUUUGUUUGUCAAGUGUUUUUAUAUACAUUAAAAAGUAAUUGAGAUGUAAUUUAAAUAACAUGAUGCUAUUAUAUAUAAUAUAUACAUUAUUUCAAUUUCCGUACAAUGUACGCGCGCGUAAUUCAAAGAAAGAGAAAACUCGCUCCAAUGAUAAGAAAAAACGUAAGAAUGAUAGAUGUGUGCAAAUGUGACCGAGUGAUAACAAUUGGUAUGAUUAUGUAUCAGAGGCAGUCCAAUAACCAUGUAAUAAAAUAAAUAAGACUUUUCUAGAUGUG